AUGCGGCUGAAAUGGACAGUCUUCGCAGAGAGUCACUGCGGUUUCCUGCUUCAACAGUGCUUGGACGGAACCUCGCGCUCGUCCCCCUCUCUGGCCGGCGGCUCAGAGCCAGCCCUUGCCACCACCUCACAGCGCCCUCCGACCACCAAAGGUCCCCGUCGCCGCUCCAGCGCUGUGCAGCCGCCACCGCCUUUCCUCAGCCACCUGCCAGGACGACCGCGUCCCCCUUGCAGAUUCCAGAACUACCACCAGGACUCAGAGGCUGCCAUCGAUCACCAGAUCAAUCUGGAGCUGUAUGCCUCCUGCAUCUGCCUGUCCAUGUCAUACUGUUUUGACUGCGAUGAUGUGGUUUUGAAAAACUUUGCCAAAUACUUUCUUCACCAAUCUCGUGAAGAGAGGGAACAUGCUAAGAAACUGAUGAAGCUGCAGAACCAACAGGCUGGCCGAAUCUUCCUUCAGGAUAUUAAGAAAACAGACCAUGAUGACUGGGAGAAUGGGCUGAAUGCAAUGGAAUGUGCGCUACACUUGGCAAAAAAUGUGAAUCAGUCACUACUGGAGCUGCACAAACUGGCUACUGACAAAAAUGACCCCCAUUUGUGUGACUUCAUUGAGACUCAUUACCUGAGUGAGCAGGUGAAAUCCAUCAAAGAAUUGGGUGACCACGUAACCAACUUACGCAAGAUGGGGGCCCCCGAAUCUGGGAUGGCAGAGUAUCUCUUUGACAAGCACACCCUAGGAAACAGCCGAUAGCGAGAGCUAAGCCUUAGACUGGCUUCCCGUAGCCACAGGGGUGGCUUCCCUGGUCACCAAGACAGUGCAUGCAUGUUUGAGUUACCUUUAUCUUUUCUAUAAGUUGUACCAAAACAUCUGCAAGUUCUUUCCUUAGUAUCAUUCUUUCAAAUAAAGUAAUUUGGUACCAAAAAAAAAAAAAAUAGAAAUGGAACCAGGAUGUCUGCAAAACAAGGCAUUGAGACACUUGAUGUCCACUGCAGAUUGCAUUCCGUAGAGAGAUGGUUGGCUUCCAAGGGAGUAUUGAAUGA